UGAACAGAGUGCUCCAAUAAAGAUUCACCCGUGACCCAAAGCUCUGGGAGGGGGGAGGGGGGCCCUAAAUCUGAGUCUGCUAAGACCCAAAAGGAAAAAGAGAUGAAAUCAGAAGGGACAACUCCUCCCAUCAUUAAAGUCUUCAUAACAGCCAUUCAGCGACACCAUCUUUUAUCUCAUUCAAACCCAUCUACUCUCUUUCAUAUCUCUACAAAUCUCGAAAACCACCUCUAUAUUAGGAUAGUCCCAAAUUAUAUCCUUAAACUUACAUAAUUGAGAGUAUUAUGUAUGGUUUAAGUUUAAACAUUAAUUUUCACAUCUAGAACAUAGUUAUACAGAGAAUUUAGUGAUGUAAUCAUGGUAGUAUAUCGUUGAAGUGUGAAUGUGAGCAUUAUGGCUUUAAUGUAUUUUGGUGGAAUAAUAAUGAUUUCUUUUUACCGAAAUACAGAUAGCUUAUAUUAAUCACACCAUCCAGUGCAAUUAAUUAAGUGAAGUAGGAUACUGUUUCACUUUAGGGCAAAAACCCUGUCUCCUGACAAUUAGUAUCUUAACAUAAUUUUCUAUAUUCUUCUUUCAUAAAUGAUAAUGUGGCUUCUGCUAUACUAUAGUUGAUUCUUGUGGCUUAGAAAACUCAAAUACAAAUACAAUAUCAGAGGCUCCAUACAUUCUGUUUUGGUAGCCACAAAGCAUCUCAAAGGCAUUUUAUUUUAUUCAGUGCCCAAAUCAUGGUGGAGUCCAAUGCCAUUUUAAUUUAAGCUGAGUAAUCUGUAGGCAAUGUCUAGAUUCUAAUCCCUUGGGAAAAGGGGAAAAGCAGUGAUUAAUGUUAAAGCUUUUUGUUUUAUUGCAGCCACUGUACUUCUAACAGCCUUCUUUAACAAGUUGUGAACACAGCCAAAAAGAGAGAGAGAGAGAGAGUUUCAUUUCUUCUUAAUGGGGUUUUUCCAGCUUCUUUCUCUUCUCUGUAACUUAUUUGCUCUCCUCUUCUGAGCUUUAAUGGCAAAACUAAAAGCAGUCUGCCAUUUCCAUCUUCUUCUCUUCUUGUUUUUGUUCUCUUCUUUUCAUCUUUCCACUCAGCUUCCACUUUCUCAAUCCCAAUCUCUUCUACAAAUCCAACAACUUUUAAACUACCCUCAAGCUCUAUCCAGCUUUAACACUGUCACAGACUUCUGUAACAUUGAAUCCACUCCAUUUCUUACAAUAGUGUGCUAUGAAGAUAACAUAACCCAGCUCCACAUUGUUGGUGAUGUUCUCCAACAUUCCCCCUCAUUUCCUCUCAAUACUUCCACUGAUUCUUUGUUUUCCACAUUUUCCCAUUUCCCCAAUUUGAAAGUGCUUUCUCUGGUUUCUUUAGGUCUUGAGGGUCCAUUGCCUCCAUCUGUUGCUAACCUUCUGUCACUAGAAAUACUAAACUUAUCCUCAAAUUCCUUAUAUGGCUCCAUCCCUCACCAACUUUCUUCUUCCAAAACCCUACAGUUUAUCAAUCUUGACGGCAAUUGUUUCUCUGGUAACAUUCCUGCUUGGAUUGGUUCAUUGCCAUUCUUGACUACUCUGAGUUUACGGAACAAUUCCUUUAAUGGGUCCUUACCAGAUUCCAUUGCGCAUAUGUGGAGUCUAAGAAUUCUCUCUCUCUCAAGAAACUCUCUUUCUGGGAAUGUCCCAGACCUUAGUAACUUGACCAACUUGCAAGUUCUUGAGUUGGGAGACAAUCUUUUGGGACCCCAUUUUCCUAAAUUACCACAGAGAUUAAGUAUACUUGAGCUCAAAAACAACCGAUUUCGCUCAAGUAUUCCACCUGAGUUAGGCUCGUUAUAUCGUCUUGAAAAGCUGGACUUAUCUUCCAAUAAACUUGUUGGACCUUUUCAGGCAUCACUUCUGGGACUUCCUUCCAUUAAAUAUCUGAAUAUUGGGGGAAAUAGAUUAACUGGACUGCUUUUACAGAACAUAUCAUGCAAUAGUGAUCUCACUUUUGCAAAUUUGUCCUCAAAUCUUUUGACAGGAGACUUGCCUGCAUGUCUUCAGGAAUUCAAGUACAAGAAUGGUGAAAUCAUUUAUGGUGGCAAUUGCUUGUCAAAUCAAGACCAAAAACAGAACCCUUUGAACUUCUGUCACAAUGAAGCUUUGGCAGUGAGUAUUAGGCCUCGUAAUCUGGAGCAUAGGAAACUUCGUCGUGAGGUAAUGACUUUCUUGAGAAUUUUUGGAGGAAGUGUUGCUGGAGUUGUAGUUCUGGCUCUGGUGUUCUUAACGAUGAGAAAGACAUACAAAAUGGGAGUUGUUAAAGAACCUUCAACAAGGUUUAUAACAGAGAAUCCAUCUGUAACAGACACAACCAAGCAGCUGUAUGAUGCCAAAUAUAUAUCUCAGACAAUGAAGCUGGGAACUAGUAUUCCUCCUUAUCGAACUUUCACUUUGGAUGAACUUAAAGAGGCUACCAACAAUUUUGAUGUUUCAACUUUGAUAAGUGAAAGUCUGGACGGCCAGAUAUUCAAAGGGGUGUUCACAGAUGGCAGUGUCGUGGCAAUUCGGAGCUUAGCUUUGAAAAGGCGGCAAACCCCUCAAACCUACACACAUCAGUUGGAGUUAAUAUCUAAACUACGACAUAUCCAUUUGAUCAGUGCCCUUGGACACUGUUAUGAGUUCCUACCAGACGGCCUAACCAUCAGCAAAGUGUUCCUUAUCUUCGAGUACUAUCCGUAUGGGACUCUAAGAAGCCAUGUAUCUGGGCUACCGGGGCAAAAGCUUUCUUGGACGAAAAGGAUAUCGGCUGCAAUCGAAAUGGUGAAGGGAAUUCAGUUCCUGCACACAGGAAUAGUGCCUGGUGUAUGCUCAAACAAUUUGAAGAUUACAGAUAUUUUACUUGAUCAAGAUCUUCAUGUGAAAAUCAGCUGUUAUAAUUUACCUAUUGUAGUUGAACAUGGUGGAAUGAUGAUUUCAGGAGUUCCAUCCACUGGUACAAAAGGGAAGCGCCAUGCUAUAGGCAGAGUAAAUCACAAAGAUAAGAACGAUGUGUAUGACAUAGGAGCCAUUUUAUUGGAAAUCAUUUUGGGAAGACAAAUCACAUCCCAAAACGAAGUUCAUGUUUCAAGAGAUCUCUUGCAGGUAAGCCUAAAAACUGACGAGAUAGCUCGAAAGAGCAUCGUGGAUCCAGUAAUACACAAGGGAUGCUCAGAUGAUUCGUUAAUAACGAUGAUGGAAAUAUGUGUUAGAUGUCUCCAUGAGAAGGCAAAAGAUAGACCCUCAGUAGAAGAUAUUCUUUGGAAUUUGCAUUUUGCAGGACAAGUUCAAGAAUCAAGCAGAGAGGCACCUACAUCACCGUCACCAUCAUCGUCCUCACAAAUUCCUUAGAAGGAAAAUGGUACACUUAUAUAUUCUCAAACUUACUCAUUUCUUGAACAAAACAACCUGUAAAGCUUCUCAUCAAUUUCAUUUCCCAAAGUCCAAUAUGUUUAUCUCGUUAGGGAACAAUUGUAGUUUGCUCAAAUUUUAGAGUUUGUCACCGUAUUGAGCUUCUUUAUCAUUUGAGUUGUUGAAGUAAACUUAGACAACUUUGAGAAAAUGGUAAUAGUCGUGCAUAAAAGGUAGACAAGAUUCAAGUUUGAGUAUAUACUAUAGAUUUUAGUUCUGAUGUUUUGAAAAUGUUAUGUUUAUAUAAAUUUAUAGGUACAAUUUAAGAAA